AUGACUGCUAAAACUAUGGUUAAAGCUCACAUCUUAGCACAUAAUAAUGAUGUAACUAAUAAUAAUGAUGUUUUAUGUAGAUUUGAAAGCAGCUCUGAUGAAAGUGAAGCUCCAAUUGCUAAGAAAUCAAAGACUAAGUCAGAUGUCAAAAAAGUCAUUCAAAAGUCUGCACCAGCUUCUUCUGACUCAGAAGAUGAACCUCUAGCUUCAAUUAAGAGCAAUCUGGAAAAUGAAGAAGAUAGUUCUUUGGAUGAAAAUGAAGAAAAACCAAUUGCCAACUCAAAAUCAAAAAGUUCAACUAAAGUUAACAAAGCUAAGGAACAGAAGAAACAGACUCCCUCUUCUGGCAAACUAGAGAAUCUGAAGAAGUAUAUUAGAGCUGCUGGAAUACACAUAAAAUCCUAUGACAAGUUAUUUGAAAAUUGUAAGUCGAUGAAAUCGAAGUCUGAAAAACUUUUGCAUUUGCUGGAAAAAGAAGGAUUAAAAGGGCGACCAACACUUGCAAAAUGCAAGAAGUUGAAAAAGAAGAUUGAAACAAAGAAAGAGGUGGCUGAGCUUGACCCUAGCAAUAUCAUAUCUUCAGGUCGUCCAAAAAGAACAGCUUGUUUUGACACUACAAAUUGCAUUGAUGAUGACGACGACUCAGAUGUUCCUUUGGCUAAGUAUUCACGUCUUAAAGGAAUAAUUGAUAGUGAAGAUAGUGAUUAA